AUGGACGGCGGCGGCUACAGCCCGCGGUUCCAGCGCCAGGCCUCCUGCUCCUGCGCCCCCUCCAUCUCGCGGCGGGGGUUCGUCCGCGCGGGCUUCGACCUCGACGGCGACGACGACUACUACGACGACGACGUCGCCUUCCACUCCUCGUCAUCCUCCUCCUCCUCCAAGGUCGGCGGUCCGGGGGCGCCCUACUACUCCGCGGGGACCCCGCGGCCGUCCGCGCGCGCGAGGCUGAGGGCGCUGUGGCGCCGCAUCAUGCGGGAGAAGAAGCGGAUCCUGCUCUGCUCCACCGGCUGCGUGCCGGCGCACGCGCCGGCGCCGCACCCUACGACGCCUACAGCUACGCGCAGAACUUCGACGACGGCGAGGCGUGGGUGGAGCCCGACAACCUCUCGCGAUCCUUCUCCGCGCGCUUCGUCGUCCCCUCCAGGGUGUUCCAGAGGGUCGCCGUGUAGCGACCGCCGGCCCCCGGCGGCAAGAUUUUUUUUUUAA